UCAUCAGACCAACAACUUUCCUACAUUGAAUCCAUAAGGCUUUUCCUUAGCAAUGGCAAUGACAUUAAUUUGCGUGAUGAAGAUGGAACGAGCUAUCUCUAUAAAGCUUGUGAAAUAGGAAAUAAUGAAACUGUACAACUUUUACUGAAUAAAGGAGCAGACAUUAAUUUGUGCAGAAAAAAUGGAGCCGGUCCACUCUUUAUAGCUUGUCAAAACGGCCAUUUUACCACUGUACAGCAAUUACUUAACUCUGAUGCAAAUCUUAAUAUACCUGAUGAAGGCGGAGUAAGUCCCCUCUAUAUAGCUUGUAAAAACAAAUAUGAUGACAUUGUGGAACUAUUGCUGAAAAAAGGAGCAGACAUUAAUUUGUGUAAGAAAAACGGAGCCAGCCCCUUGUUUAUAGCUUGUGAAAACGGACAUAGCACUACUGUACAGUUAUUAUUAAGUAAAGGAUCAAAAGUCAAUCAUACCAUGAAAGACGUAUCCAGUCCUCUCCACAGAGAAUCUUUUGGUGAUUUUGACGUGGUUGUAAAGCUUUCACUCCGGGAAAAAGCAAACGUAAAUUUGUGCUCAAAAAAUGGAGCCGGUCCACUUUUUAUAGCUUGUCAAAACGGACAUUUCACCACUGUGCAACAUUUACUUAACAAUGGAGCAGAAAUUGAUUUAUGUGAUGAAGCUGGAGCAAGUCCUCUCUAUAUAGCUUGUCAAAACAAACAUGAUGACAUCGUGGAAUUGUUGCUAAAAAAAGGAGCAGACGUGAAUUUGUGUAAGAAAAACAGAGCCAGUCCCUUGUAUAUAGCUUGUCGAAACGGACAUUCCUCAAUUGCAAAGUUAUUGUUACUUAAGGGAGCAGAAGUUAAUCAUACCAUUGAAAAUGGAACCAGUCCUCUUUACGUAGCAUCUCUUGGUGGAUAUGACGACAUUGUACAGCUCCUACUCCGUGAAAAAGCAAACGUAAAUUUGUAUGGAAAAAAUGGAGAUGGUUCACUCUUUAUAGCUUGUCAAAACGGACAUUGCACCACUUCACAGUUAUUAGUAAGUAAAGGAGCAGAAGUUAAUCAUACCAUGGAAGACGGAACCAGUCCUCUCUGGGUAGCAUCUUUUAGUGGAUAUGAUGACGUUGUACAGCUCUUACUCCGUGAAAAAGCAGACGUAAAUUUAUGCAGAGAAGAUGGGGGUAGUCCACUCUUUAUUGCUUGUCAAAAUGGACAUCUCACUAUUGUACAGUUAUUAAUAAGUAAAGGCGCAAACAUAAAUAAGUCCAGGGACGACGGAACCAGUCCCCUCUGGAUAGCAUGCUUCCGUGGCUAUGACGUGGUUGUAAAGCUUUUACUCCGGGAAAAAGCAGACACAAAAAAUGGAGCCGGUCCACUUUUUAUAGCUUGUCAAAACGGACAUUUUACAACUGUGCAACAUUUACUUAACAAUGGAGCAGAAAUUGAUUUAUGUGAUGAAGCUGGAGCAAGUCCUCUCUUUAUAGCUUGUCAAAACAAACGAAAUGAUAUUGUAGAACAGUUGCUGAGAAAAGGAGCAGACAUUAAUUUGUGUAAGAAAAAUGGAGUCAGUCCCUUGUAUAUAGCUUGUGAAAACGGACAUUGCAGUACUGUUCAGCAUUUACUAAAUUUUGAAGCAAAAAUUAAUUUAUGUGAUGGAAGCGGAUCAAGUCCUUUCUAUAUAGCUUGUCAAAACGGACAUUUCUCCGUUGUGAAGUUAUUAAUAAGUAAAGGAGCAGACAUUAAUCAUACCAUGGAAGACGGAACCAGUCCUCUUUACGUAGCAUCUUUUAAUGGAUAUGAUGACACGGUACAGCUCUUACUCCGUCAAAAAGCAGACGUAAAUUUGAGCACAAAAACUGGAGUCUGUCCACUUCUUAUAGCUUGUCAAAACGGACAUUGCACCACUGCACAGUUAUUAAUAAGUAAAGGAGCGGAAGUUAAUCAUACUAUGGAAGACGGAACCAGUCCUCUUAACGUAGCGUCUUUUAACGGAUAUGAUGACACGGUACAGCUCUUACUCCGUCAAAAAGCAGACGUAAAUUUGAGCACAAAAAAUGGAGUCAGUCCACUUCUUAUAGCUUGUCAAAACGGACAUUGCACCACAGCACAGUUAUUAAUAAGUAAAGGAGCAGAAGUUAAUCAUGCCAUGGAAGACGGAACCAGUCCUCUUUACGUAGCAUCUCUUGGCGGAUAUGACGACAUUGUACAGCUCUUACUCCGGGAAAAGGCAAACGUUAAUUUGUAUAGAAAAAAUGGAGCUGGUCCACUUUUCAUAGCUUGUCAAAACGGACAUUUAACCACUGCAAAGUUUUUAAUAAGUAAAGGAGCAGAAGUUAAUCAUACCAUGGAAGACGGAACCAGUCCUCUCUGGGUAGCAUCUUUUGAUGGAUAUGAUGACGUUGUACAGCUCUUACUCCGUGAAAAAGCAGACGUAAAUUUGUGCAGAAAAAAUGGAGCCAGUCCACUUUUUAUAGCUUGUCAAAACGGACAUUUUACCACUAUACAGCAUUUACUUAACUCUGAAGCAAAACCUAAUCUACGUGAUGAAGGCGGAGUAAGUCCCCUCUUUAUAGCUUGUCAAAACAAAUAUGAUGACAUUGUGGAACUGUUGCUGAAAAAAGGAGCAGACAUUAACUUGUGUAAGAAAAACGGAGCCUGUCCCUUAUAUAUAGCUUGUGAAAAAGGACAUCACACUACUGUACAGUUAUUAAUAAGUAAAGGAGCAAAAAUUAAUCAUACCAUGGAAGACGGAACCAGUCCUCUCUGGAUAGCAUCAUUUGGUGGAUAUGAUGACGUUGUCCAACUCUUACUCCGUCAAAAAGCAGACGUAAAUUUGUGUAGAAAAAAUGGAGACAGUCCACUCUUUAGAGCUUGUCAAAACGGACAUUUCACUACUGUACAGCAUUUACUAAAUUACGGAGCACAAAUCAAUUUAUGUGAGGAAGGCGGAACUAGUCCUCUCUCUAUAGCUUGUCAAAACAAACAUAAUGAUAUUGUGGAACUGUUGAUGAAAAAAAAGAACGGACAUUAGUUUGUGUAUGAAAGACAGUGCUAUUUAAACAGCUUGUAAACAAAGACGGUCGGGGUACUCAAAUCCAAUAAAGCUCGAAAUAUUCUAUGAUAGAUUUGGUAGCCCCC